AUGCCUCCUACCGAAUCUCCGGAAGAGCGUGCCGCGCGUCUUGAGAGCGAGCUUUCUGCUGCCAAUGCGUUAUUAUCACGUUUGGGUUCCGGGUGCGUCGAGGCAUAUCGUGCCCCUAACCUGCCCCCCUUCAUCAGGGCUGAUCCAAAUAUGUGGUUCACGCAGGUGGAUGCUUCGUUCCGUCACUCCAACAUUACGGUUGAAGGUACCAAGGCGGAUUACGUCAUUCAAUCUCUCGAUCGCGAGGCCAUGUCAGUCAUUAUUGACAUUGCGGCCAAAGAGCCUCAGCCUGCAGAUGUUUAUACGAAGAUCAAAAAGAGGCUCAUCGCGUCUUCUGCAGAGAGUAAGCUUCGCCAACUCCUUAAAGGGCAGGUACUCAAUGAUGGCAAGCCUUCGUUAAUUUUGAGCAGGCUCAGGCACCUCGAUGAAGGUAUUGAUGAUCUCAACCAGCUUGCCACCUUGGCUGAUAAGAUUGUUGUAAAAACUCAGUCAGAGGCUCGUAUGGCAGCAGUUUUAAAAAAGGUUGAUUCUCCCAGUAUUUCCUCUGAGCUCAAACGCUUGGCCGAUUUAUUCAGCACAGUUACGGUUAGGCUUGACAAGCUUGAAAGCUCGGUCCAAGCUGUGAAAGCUCAUUCCAAUUCUAAUAAUGGUGGUAACAGAGGCAGAGAACCCCACAUCCUGCAGGAAGUGGUGUUCAGAAUAUGCAAAGUGGUCGUCAAAAAACUAAGUGAACCCUUCCUUGCUGAGACGUCAGGGGACGGUUCCUUAGAUUCGAAACGUCUCACCCUCAGAGACCUAAAACCAGGUCGUAGAUUCCUCAUAGAUUCAGGUGCAGAAAUCUCUGUUCUCCCAGCUUGUUCCAAGGUCAGUUCGAAACCCUCUUCGCGCAAGCUUUAUGCGGCCAACGACACAACCAUUGACACGUUUGGUGAAACGUUCCUGCUGUUAGAAUUGGGCUUGAAUCGUCCCAUAACGUGGAAUUUUGUCAUUGCGUCCGUGCCUCACGCGAUUAUAGGGGCAGACAUUUUAUUUCAUUACGGGUUAACUGUAGACAUUCGUAACCGUCGUCUCGUUGACUCGGUCACGUCACUAUCAUCCGUAGGCGUAAUCAAAAUGGUUCCAUGUGUCGGAAUCCAUUCAGUAGCUUCUAGCUCCAAAUGUGCUCAACUUUUAGCCCAGUUUCCUAAAAUAACAGGCUCAGUUCCACACGAUCCUCAGUUCAAACCGGACAUCGUUCAUCACAUCUACACCACGGGUCCGCCUGUCUCUGAGCGUCCACGUCGACUUUCCGCGGAAAAGCUCAGAGCAGCCAAAGCUCAAUUCAAAGCCUGGCAAGACGCCGGCAUCUGUAGGCCUGGCAGCGGUCCGUACGCUAGCCAGUUACACAUGGCCUUGAAAAAAGAUGGGUCUUAUCGUCCUUGUGGUGUGUACUGUGCUCUAAACGCACAGACCAUCCCUGACAAAUACCCUACAGCGCACUUAUACGACUGUACCAGUGAACUGCAUGGAAAAAAAAUCUUUUCUUCUUUAGAUCUCUUAAGAGCUUUCAAUCAGAUUCCCAUCGCUACCGAAGACAUUGAAAAAACGGCAAUAAUCACUCCCUUCGGUUUAUUUGAAUUUAUGUACAUGACCUUUGGUUUGCGCAACGCUAGCCAAACCUUCCAAAGGUACAUCAACAGAGCCUUAGGGGACUUGAAAUUUGUUUUUAUUUAUAUUGACGAUAUUCUGAUCGCCUCAGAGUCCGUUGAAGAGCACUACCAACACUUGCGUCUAGUUUUCGAGCGUUUAAAUAAGUUCUGUUUGCGCAUCAACGUAGAUAAAUGUAUCUUUGCUGUAGAGGAACUCGUCUUCUUGGGAUAUUACAUCAACUCGCAGGGCAUUCGUCCAACUCAGGAGAAGGUCAAGGCAGUGGUAGAUUUUCCCAAGCCCGGCACUGUAGUGGAGUUGCGCCGCUUUCUCGGCAUGGUGAACUUUUAUCACCGCAAACUCCCUCAUGCCGCGGAGGCUCAGGUUCCUCUGAACGCAUACUUUCGGGACUCUCGUAAAAAUGACAAACGUCCAAUCGAAUGGACUGCAGAGACUAGCAAAGCCGUCGAGCAAAUCAAAUCAGAUUUCGCCAAUGCUUCUCUGUUCGUACAUCCUCGCUGCGGCGCAGAACUCCGCCUUGUAACGGAUGCGUCCGACGUAGCGAUGGGUGCCGUUUUAGAACAGAAAUCACUAUCGAACAUCUGCGAACCUUUAGCUUUUUUCUCACAAAAGUUCACCCCAGCUCAACAAUUGUACAGUACCUAUGACAGAGAACUCACUGCAAUGUUCGAGGCAGUGAAGUAUUUCACAUACAUAGUUGAGGGCUGUGACUUCGCGAUUCUUACCGAUCACAAGCCACUCAUUUACGCUUUCAUUCAAAACAAUGAGAAAGCUCCUCCGCGUCGUUUGCGUCAGUUAGGAUACAUUUCUCAGUUCACUACCCGUAUCGAACACGUCAAAGGUUCGGACAAUGUGGUGACGGAUGCUCUUUCUAGAAUAGAGUCUAUUCGUUUUCCCCUAGAGUUCGACCUGGCCGAUCUAGCAGCCAAACAGGAAGCGGACGAACAGCUAAAAGAGAUUCGUGAGUCUCCGAACUACCCUCUUACUCUUAAGCGUCUUCAGCUGGGUCCAGACCACACAGUCAUUCAUUGCGAGUUGACUGGCGAAAGCUUGCGUCCGUACAUACCUGAUUCUAUGCGCAGAUCAGUGUUCGAGUUCUUUCACAACACCGCUCAUCCCGGUCCCAAGGUCACCGAUCGUCUUAUUCGACAACGUUACGUAUGGCCAAACAUGCAUCGCGAGAUUGCUGUAUGGAGCAAAAAUUGUCUUGCCUGUCAGCAAUCUAAGAUCUCCAGGCAUAUUAAAACAUAUCCCGAGCAUUUUGUAGCUCCGGAUGGUCGCUUUGACCAUGUUCACAUCGAUAUCGUAGGGCCUUUACCGGUGCGUGACGGUUACCAAUAUUUGCUUACUAUAAUAGAUCGUUUCUCGAGAUGGGUGGAAGCAGUUCCCCUUCAGGAAACCUCUGCCCAGACUGUAGCUCGCGCGUUUUUUGAUACAUGGGUGUCGCGCUUUGGCGCACCCAAGGUCAUCACCUCGGACCAAGGGGCUCAAUUUGAGUCUAGACUUUUUACAGCUUUGCUGUCCUUAAUUGGGUGUGUACGCAUUCGCACCACGGCAUACCACCCUGCCGCUAACGGCAUGAUCGAACGGUGGCAUCGCACAUUAAAGGCUGCGUUGAUGUGUCACCAGAACGACGAUUGGCUGAGGACUCUGUCCACCGUACUUUUAGGGCUGCGUUGCCACGUCAGAUCAGAUACCGAAGCGUCUCCGGCCGAAUUUUUGUAUGGCACCACGCUACGCUUACCCGGCGAAUUUUUCAUCCCGGAAGACGUCGCGCCCGAUCCGCACAUAUUCUUAGAGGAGUACCGUGAGCACAUGCGUCUGGUGCGUCCCAUACCAGUGGCACACCACUACAAGAAACGCAUCUUUUACUUCAAAGAUCUGCACACUUGUACCCAUGUUCACUUGCGGAACAUGGCCAAAAGAUCUCUUGAGCGACCGUACUCAGGCCCUCACAAGUCAGAGUACGAACUCGAUGAAGAGCUCGAGGUCAGAGGUUUUGGCUUGCGUGGCUCUGCUAAGGUUCGUCGCAAUCGAUUAUUACGCGCGUAUAUUUCGGAAGCCAACCCGACUUUGGACGGAGUGCCGUGGUAUGAGUGGGAUAUCGAAGGCGAGAGAGUUGCGAUAUCCUACGAGGAAAUAGAGCGGCGUAUUUUGGGAGAAAUUCCACCAAAGAAGGGAAAGAAGAGAAGGGUAAACAAUGACAACCAGUACGGCAGUGGCGACUACGACGUCGUCGAGUGUAGUCACCUCACGGGCUGGAGCGGCCCUGCUGACUGCUACGGCGGCGUUAUCAGGACGACCGAUUACCUCCGCAGUAAUUGGACACUUGAUAUCGCCUCCGACUCCAGCACCGCGUGGCUACCGGUUUGA